AUGGCAAAUACAGCUACAGCUGCAGCAGACGAGAGACCUUCUUUUACCGAGUUUCUCAAAAAGACUAAGCAAAAGGUCGCUGGAACGCCAUGUGAAGGCCCCGACUGUCCCACGUCCCAGCGGAGGGGGAGGAAGAGUAGAGGCAGCGUUGGGAUGAGCAGCGAGUCACCCGAAAACAGUAGUGAAACUUCACCCCAGAAAUCUCGCAAGUCUCUUACCGCAACUGAGAAAGCAAAGCUGCGCCGGACCCAGGUCCGACGGGCUCAGAUCCAGCAUCGCCAACGCAAAGCAGAAUAUCAGAAACAACUCGAGCUCGACAUCACUCACUUCCGUGAACUUAUCGCCUUAACGGAAUUUGAGUCUGAACAACUCAAAAAGGACAAUGACUCUAUCAAAGAACUAUUGACGAAUAAAGGCGUCACUAUCCCAAGAUGCAAGUCUGGUACCUGCUCUAUACGUCCCCGUCUCACGAAGGAGUUGGUUGCUGGCGACAAUGAUGCUUGGGUCGAUGACACGCUGGGCGUCAAGUUGAGGGCCGAGGAUCCUACUUUUCAAGAAUUCGAUCAAGAUGGCGGAGAGAUAUUUGCCGAUAUCAACGUCGACGACAUUAUUGUUACUCUAAAGAAGGAUGAAUCGAUGGAGACGCCAGCUUUCAGUAUCCGAUCAAACGAGUCAAGCAGCAACGCUACUAGUUCGCCACCACCCUUACCCGAUCUUAACCUGACUCCUGAUGAGGAGCAAAAGGCUGUCAACUUUAUUCUCUCACUUGAACAUAUCUGUUGGGAUCACUUCUUCGUUGGCGAUUUCCCAUCCCACUCUCACCUCUCCAACGACGAACCCAAAGGCCAUUGCCUCAUGGCGUCUUCACUCUGCAUGGCUAACGCACCUUUGGAUGUAUUUGGUGACCGCAAGCUAGUCUCUUCAGCAUCAUCUUGCCACAAUCGUCGUUCUCUCGGAUUGGAUCCUUACGUACCUCCCGUGCACCUGGAGUGGCCAUCUCCCCGAAUAUCAUUAUCCUCCCUUUAUGGUCUAGCACAGAGUCUCAACCCCGGCGACUUGGAGAUCACACCUGUACAAGCCUGGUUCGAGCUAGCGUCACGCUUCGACAAGAGUCUUUUGCUGGAAAGGCUAGACUUACUAGGCACAGAACUUGUUGGCGUAUCCAAGUGUCUGGAGUUCGGGGCUGUUAUGGAGAAAGACGCUUUCGAGAGUGUUGUUGCGAGGGUGUACGGAGGCACUCUUGAAGAAGCCAUGGCUGCCGCUGCGAUUAUUGAUCCACACCUCGGCAGUGUUUGCGAUAUUUCUCGCAUGAGGAAUUUCCAGGCUAACCUUCUCACGAACCAACUAGGAUUCGUGGGAUAUGCUCAGAGCUGA